CCUUUACUACACUUCCUCCGGUGCACUCUCUUACACAUAUACUUUGCUCGCCCGCUGCACUUCGCUUCUGAGACUGCUUUGUAACCCGCGGCGUUUUCUAUUCCGACCUAAGGCACAUCACGUUUCUGUUUGUCUUUAUAAACCGUCCGCAAAAUGGCAUCCGACGCUAUGACUAUCAACGAGGCGCUGAUGGAGGUGGAGCACACUCCCGCCGUCCACAAGCGCAUUCUCGAUAUCCUGCCCGGCAUUUCGGGUGGCGUGGCACGUGUCAUGAUCGGCCAGCCCUUUGACACCAUCAAGGUGCGGCUGCAAGUGCUGGGUCAGGGCACUGCCCUGGCGGCCAAGCUGCCGCCCUCGGAGGUGUACAAGGACUCGAUGGAUUGCGUCCGUAAGAUGAUCAAGAGCGAGGGCCCGCUGUCCUUCUACAAGGGCACCGUCGCGCCUCUGGUCGGCAACAUGGUCCUGCUGGGCAUCCACUUCCCCGUCUUCUCGUCCGUGCGUAAGAUGCUGGAGGGAGAUGACCACUACUCCAACUUCUCUCACGCCAACGUCCUGCUGUCGGGCGCGGCUGCCGGUGCCGCCGGUUCUCUGAUCUCUGCCCCCGUGGAGCUGGUCCGCACCAAGAUGCAGAUGCAGCGCCGCGCCGCUCUGGCUGGCACGGUGGCCGCCGGCGCCGCCGCCUCGGCUGGCGCCGAGGAGUUCUACAAGGGCUCGCUGGACUGCUUCAAGCAGGUCAUGUCCAAGCACGGCAUCAAGGGCCUGUACCGUGGAUUCUCCUCCACCAUCCUGCGUGACAUGCAGGGCUACGCCUGGUUCUUCCUGGGCUACGAGGCCACUGUCAACCACUUCCUGCAGAACGCCGGCCCCGGUGUGCACACCAAGGCCGACCUCAACUACCUGCAGGUCAUGGCCGCCGGCGUGGUGGCGGGCUUCGGCCUGUGGGGCUCCAUGUUCCCCAUCGACACCAUCAAGUCCAAGAUGCAGGCCGACUCGUUCGUCAAGCCCCAGUACAGCACUACCAUUGACUGCGUCAAGCAGGUGAUCGCCAGCGAGGGCCAGGCGGGUCUGUGGCGCGGCUUCUCCGCCGCCAUGUACCGCGCCAUCCCCGUCAACGCCGGCAUCUUCCUGGCGGUGGAGGGCACGCGCCAGGGCAUCAAGUGGUACGAGGAGAACGUGGAGCACAUCUACGGCGGCGUGAUCGGCCCCGCCACCGCUCAGUAAGCGGCUGCCAUUGGCACAGCUUCGCAGCCGCUAGUAUUCGUUUGCGUGCUGUAAAGCUGAGCAAGGCUUGACGGCUUAUCCACGACCGCGUACGAAUUACAUUUUCCACGUACAGAGGCUUGUCGUAUACACGCUUUGUAGUGUUGUUUCUUAGGUAGGCAGGUUCAGGUGUUGGCUGCUGAUGCUGGUCCCUGUCGGGCCAGCCUGGCAUUCUUAAAAACUGACUGACUAGAUAGACGCAGGAUAGGGUAGGUCGUUACCAUUGAUGGAAAGCACUGUGUAGGAUGGGACAGGACAGGGAGUCACUUACUCCUGAGCCUAUUGUAGCUAGCACGCAUGCAAGUGGGGUGAGGGAUAGCUUGAGCUUGCGCAUUAACCUGCAUUGAUUCUUCCCGAUGAUGCCGGGUUGCUUUCGGUAUGUAGUAUAGCGGUGACGAUGCAAAGAGACCAAAGACGUGGCCUAGCUGCGAUGCUGGUAUGCAGAGGGGGCUAUGUGUUCAGGUUGCAAUCUGUUGGUGGUGAGGUUUGCGGGUGCGGCCCUUGAACAUUAGGGCUCCUGCUACUUGAGUUCUUGAUUGGCCUAGUUACACUCCCUUCCACAUUGCGUUUCGAGGGACACUUGAAGAUGAGCAGAUGAGAGCGCGUGUCUGUAUGUAUGGUUUUGGACCUUGUAUGGUUUUGGACCUUCGGAGGGGAGAGCGAAGAGAGAGCGUUGCGAUUUAAUGGCAGUGCACUCGAGGGGACAGGCAGCCACGCAUGGGGCCUGCUCAAUUUCCGCCAGGCAAGGAGGAGACACCUCUCAACUGGCGGGUGUAAGUUCUCAAGAAA